AUGCCUGUCACCAAUGGAGCAGUUUGGAGGCGAAGAAAAUGUAUAAACUAUGAGGAUAUCUCUGCCAAUCCAAAAGAGAAUUCUAGUUUCAAGCAGUUAUAUCAAAGGACUCCAGUUUUAGCUGGCUGCAAAAGCGAUUUCUCUUUUUGCUUGGAAUCUAUUCUACGGGAAUAUCCAGUAGAUUCACUGCACAGGAGAAGUCAUGGACUCAUCGGUUGUGUUUUUCUCCCAGUUGCUUUACUAGAAAAAGAUACUCUCACUUUGGCCAGUAUUGAUUUACUUCUACAUUAUUCGGAGUAUUCGGUGAACCGGAUAGGUGACGGUGAUGGUGACGUUUUUGAUGAGGUUGCGUUAUCAUUUGCGUCGAGUUAUGCGGUAGUCAAUGUUGUCAAAAUGAGCACAAUUGCCUCUUUACUGGGAAGAUUACAAGGGAUGAUGCAGAGUUCUGGGGUGAGGUACAUUCAUAGCAAUGAAUCGUUCACCCCUGCAACAUCAUCCCUUCCGUUAAGCAAUCAUGAUCGCCGAACUCUAUGCAAAACGUUCAAAUUGAUGGAUGAUGUUGUGAAGUCAUGUCAAAACCAUCGUUUAAAUUUAAAAAAUUCGCCACCAUUUAUACUAGAUAUAUUACCUGAUACUUAUACACAGCUUGUUUAUAUAUUUACUCAAAAUCACGUUAUUCUACGGGACAAUUACUAUAUACAGAUAUUUUUGGAGAAUAUGCAGCAGAAAUGUAAACAGGUGUUGAAGCUAUUUAAAACAAAUGCUAUCUUCGAAGAGCAGUCGCAAGAGAGGCGUACGUUGACGAAACUCUCUCUUAUUUUCUCUCAUAUGCUUUUUGAAUUAAAAGCUGAAUUUCCUGACGGAACAUUCAUAGGUGAUAAGUUCAGAAUAACGAAGCGUGAAGCGGAGGAUUUCUGGAACAAAAAUUUUCACAACAGGACUUGUGUACCAUGGAGCGAGUUCGUAGUAGCUAUAGAGAAAUCUCAACCGAACUCCAAGUUAAAGUUGUCCGCGCUCAAGAACACAGUCGAUCUGACGGGCAACGAUCAUGUUUCAAAUUUUGAAUUUGAUGUUUUUACCAGAUUGUUUUAUCCCUGGAAAACUCUUCUCCGUAAUUGGCAGCUAUUAACUACCGCACAUCCUGGAUAUGUUGCUUUCCUUACAUACGACGAAGUUAAGAAGAAGCUGGAAAAACUGGUCGACAAGCCAGGAAGUUACGUCUUUCGUCUCUCAUGCACACGUCCUGGACAAUGGGCCAUAGGUUAUGUUGCUCCUGAUGGGAAAAUAUUUCAAACAAUACCACAAAAUAAAUCUCUUAUCCAAGCACUUCACGAGGGAGGAAAGGAAGGAUUCUAUUUGUAUCCUAAUGGUAAUCCCAAGGACAUCGACUUGAGCACCGUUAUAGAAGUUCCUCCCGCAGAUAGAGUUAAGGUAACCAGUGAACAAUAUGACUUGUACUGCGAAAUGGGUACGACGUUCGAAUUAUGUAAAAUAUGCGACGACAAUGAUAAAAAUGUAAAAAUUGAACCUUGCGGUCAUUUAUUAUGCACUCCUUGUCUAACCAGCUGGCAGGAGUCUGAAGGUGGGAACACCUGCCCGUUCUGUAGAUACGAAAUAAAGGGUACAAACAAAGUUAUUAUUGAUCGCUAUAGACCUAGUCGAAGGGAAAGACAGAAGGAUUCCCUGAAACCUCGGAAACAACCUAACAUAUCUUGUGAUGCGGAUGCCUCAGCAUUGUCUUCCCCUUUGAUGGGGUUACCAAUCGGCCCUCCACCACCACUGCCACCUCGGCCAUCGGCGACCCAAGCGCCAGAGAGGUUCUCGAGGUCUCGAGAUCCGAGUUACGUGAACGUACCUGCUCUCACACCACAGUCAGCUGUGACGCCAGUUGAUUAUGUGAACUCAUCAGCACUUCAUGACUUUAUUUAG